GGCGGGAGGCGGUAGCGCCCCCUCUCAGAGCCGGGUUCCCUCCCGCCCAGCUCUUGCUCGGAGUCAGUCUGUCUGUCGGGCCCGCCCUCCCUCCGCGCUCCCUCCUCCUCGUGCUCCUCCUGGGGUGCCGGGCAGAGCCUCGGGUUCUACCUUCCCGACUGCUCCAGGCGGUUUCCCUCGCGGCGGCGGCGGGCAAAGGCAGUCACGGCGCGCAGCAGCAUCUCGGCGGUCACCGCGGCUCUCCGGCUGGAGCGGGCGCCCUACUGAGCUGCCCCUCGUCCCUUCCCGGCCGCGUCUCGAGUCUCCGGCGCCCCUCACCGCUUGGUCCCCGGCUGUGGCUUCUCUCUGAAGCGGGAGGGGCAGGAUCCCACAACCCAACAUCGGGAUCCCCGGAGAAGCUUUUCUCUUAGAGAGAGGCGCUCGGCGACUCGUGCCCCGCCGCCCCUGACCGCCGGGGGGUGCCCCAGGGACGCGUCGCCGCCGAGAGGAACAGGCAGAGGGGACCAUGCGGCGCCUGACUCGCCGCCUGGCACUGCCCAUCUUCGGGGUGCUCUGGAUCACCGUGCUGUUGUUCUUCUGGGUCACCAAGAGGAAGUUGGAGGUGCCGGUGGGACCCGAAGUGCAGACCCCCAAGCCUUCCGAUGCGGAUUGGGAUGACCUGUGGGAGCAGUUUGACGAGCGGCGGUAUCUGAAUGCCAAAAAGUGGCGCGUCGGCGACGAUCCCUACAAGCUGUAUGCCUUCAACCAGCGGGAGAGCGAACGGAUCUCCAGCAAUCGGGCUGUCCCAGACACACGCCAUAAGAGAUGUUCGCUGCUGGUGUACUGCACAGACCUUCCUCCCACCAGUAUCAUCAUCACCUUUCACAACGAGGCACGCUCCACUCUGCUCAGGACCAUCUGCAGUGUGUUAAACCGCACCCCUAUGCAUCUGAUCCAGGAAAUCAUAUUAGUGGAUGACUUCAGCAAUGACCCUGAGGACUGCAAGCAGCUGGCCAAGCUACCCAAGGUGAAGUGCUUGCGCAACAGUGAGAGGCAAGGUCUGGUGCGGUCCCGGAUGCGGGGUGCGGACAUCGCCCAGGGCACCACUCUGACAUUCCUGGACAGCCACUGUGAGGUGAACAGGGAUUGGCUGCAGCCCCUGUUACAUAGGGUUAAAGAGGAUUACACAAGGGUAGUCUGCCCCGUCAUUGACAUCAUUAACCUGGACACCUUCAAUUACAUUGAGUCUGCCUCAGAACUCAGAGGGGGGUUUGACUGGAGCCUGCACUUCCAGUGGGAGCAGCUCUCCCCAGAGCAGAAGGCUUUGCGCCUGGACCCCACCGAGCCCAUCCGGACUCCAAUCAUAGCUGGAGGGCUCUUCGUGAUUGACAAAGCCUGGUUUGAUUACCUGGGUAAAUAUGACGUCGACAUGGACAUCUGGGGUGGGGAGAACUUUGAAAUCUCCUUCCGAGUGUGGAUGUGUGGAGGCAGCCUGGAGAUCAUCCCCUGCAGCCGGGUGGGGCACGUGUUCAGGAAAAAGCAUCCAUAUAUUUUCCCUGAUGGAAACGCCAACACAUACAUAAAGAACACCAAGCGGACAGCUGAAGUGUGGAUGGAUGAAUAUAAACAGUACUACUACGCAGCCCGACCUUUCGCCCUGGAGAGACCCUUCGGGAACAUUGAGAACAGGCUGAACCUAAGGAAGAAUCUACACUGCCAGACCUUCAAGUGGUACCUGGAGAACGUCUACCCAGAACUCAGGGUGCCCUCAGACUCCUCCAUCCAGAAGGGUAAUAUCCGGCAGAGGCAGAAGUGCCUAGAGUCUCAAAAGCAGAAAAACCAAGAGACUCCACACCUCAGGCUAAGCCCCUGCACCAAGGUCAAAGGAGAAGAAGCAAAGUCUCAGGUGUGGGCUUUCACGUACACCCAGCAGAUCAUCCAGGAAGAGCUGUGCCUCUCUGUUGUCACCCUGUUCCCCGGCGCCCCCGUGGUUCUUGUCCUGUGUAAAUCCGGGGACAAUGACCUUAUCCUUUUCUCUCCUCUGUCUCCUCAGCAAUGGAUGAAGACAGGUGCUCGCAUCGAGCAUAUAGCAUCCCACCUCUGCCUGGACACAGACAUGUUCGGAGACAGCACUGAGGAUGGCAAAGAGGUCGUCGUUAACCCUUGUGAGUCAUCGCUCAUGAGCCAGCACUGGGACAUUGUGAGCUCAUGAGGACCCUAGGCAGAUCCAGCUGCGGAUCAGGGAUGGUGCUUCCCUGAACCAAAAUAAACUGGAACCUAGGCUGUGAACAGCCCAUGUCUGCACCAGGUGCCCUUGACUGGAGGUAGAGCAAAGACCCCCAGGACAGGAGCAACUGACUCAGGGAAGAGGAGGGAAAGGUGACAAACCAGCAGGGCUCAGCAACACCCACAUGUGUGCAAUAUUGUGACAGUCCAUCCUGACCAGGUUUUCUGAAUGGAACCUGGAGAUGGAGAUCUGAUGGGAAGUGUUUGCUGUACCCUUUCUUACAAAACAAGGCACCUUAUGGAGGCCAGAAAGAAGAACUCCUUGUUGCUGUACCAGAACUACAUGGAGGGAUGAGGAAUGGCGACGGUUUUCGGAACAAAUAAAGUUAAUAUUUGAA